CUGUCCUCUUACACCCUCUCCUCGGACUUCGGCAGCGAAUUCGCCAUCGACGUGGAUGACUUGGACCAGACAGACGAAGAGGUGAAAGAGAACGUGCGGAUGAACAAGAGCAUAAUCGAGACGGCAAAGCACCAGCCGUGGCCAAUGAACAAGAAGUACAAAAUGCUCAAACGCGCCAAAGCGUACGUCAAGAAACACGAAGGGGAGCUAGCACAAAGUAAACAAGCAAAGGACAUCUUCGCCAAGUACACCAUACUUCUAACCAAUUCGUGGCAUCGGCUCAAGCGAGAAGUAGCAGAGCUGGUCGUCAUUCUAACGCCAUGGGAAAUGCGCAUUAAACGAAUUGAAAGCCAUUUUGGAUCCGUGGUCGCUUCCUAUUUCACAUUUCUUCGAUGGGUCUUUUGGCUGAACUGCUUCAUCGCGCUGUUUGUAUGCUGCUUUCUAAUGGUUCCAGAGGUUCUGCGCGGGGACGAUGACCCAAGUGGUAUGCGGAAACAACUGGAGAGCGAAGAGAUGGAGAGUGCGCUGAACCUGCAAGCCAUCUGGGAGUUCGAGGGAUACCUCAAGUACUCUCCCAUUUUCUACGGCUACUACAGCAAUCGUGACAUGACUGAGGAAGGCUAUCGUCUGCCACUGGCAUACCUCCUCUCCUCGCUCACCAUGUACAUCUUCAGCUUCUUCGUCAUUCUAAGAAAAAUGGCGGCAAACUCGCGUCAGAGUAAAAUGACCGAGAAGGAAGACGAGUGCACCUUCACAUGGAAGCUCUUUUCCGGAUGGGAUUUUAUGAUCGGCAAUUCGGAAACGGCUCACAACAAAGUAGCCUCGCUGGUGAUGAGCUUCAAGGAAGCCAUCCUAGAGGAGAAGGAAAGAAAAAAAGAAGAAAGAAGAGCACUGGCCAACUUCAUAGUGAUCAUCUUACUAGCCUCAAGUGCCUACGCCGUAGUGCUCGUAGUUGAACGAUCUCAGGAGCCGGAGGCCGAAUCAAGUUGGUACAGGCAAAACGAAGUUACGUUAGUAGUUUCCAUGAUCUCCAACGUCUAUCCGAAUCUCUUUGAUGUUAUUGGACUCAUGGAGCAGUACCAUCCCAGAAUACAAUUGCGAUGGCAACUAGCAAGAAUUCUUGUUCUUUAUUUGCUGAAUUUGUAUACUCUCAUAUUUGCGCUCUUCGGAAAAGUAAUGACUAUGACAAGUGACCUGGUAGGCAUGAAGAAAAAUAUAACCGAUUUGCUGGACAUGGGUCUUCUGGAUCCGGUCAUCGCCAACACGACUACGUUUGAGCUGAACGCCACCACCGCACUCUACACCUCAACUUUAGGUGACGAUGCUCUGCUAGCAGCGACAACGGCCGAACCGUUUAUUGCAUCCAUAGCACAAGCGCUAGUGGGGCAAAGCUUCGCCUACAAUCCAUUCAAUCAAACGAACAACUGCACCAUCGUUCCCGUCAAUUGCACGCUUCUUCUACAACUGGGUGUGAACUUGACACGAGCAGGGUUAGUGCCCAUCCUUCAAUCGGACAGUUUAGUGGUCACCAAUGGUACGGUUCUCGAAGAAAUCGUAACGACUCUCCUGCCCUUUCUCAACGGAACUGAUACGACCGUAUCGAGCGAAGAAGGCACCACUACGGACUCGUCCACAAGUCGCCUUCUGGAGGGGUACGACGCCAUCUUUCUACGAAUCGCCAACUUCACAGUUAUUGGGGUAGCCAACUGGACGUAUCGUUUUCCGCCGGGCCCAGAUACCAACAUAUCGAUUCCGGUGAUUUAUGUGGACAACUAUUCGAAGACUGUCAACGUGACCGACGAGGAACAGGACCCGGCGCGGGACACCUUCUUCCCUCGUUGGAGAGGGACGACGGGCACUUCGAGGGACACUAACGAAACUACUGUGCCAACGUGGACAGACUGGACCACGACUUUGGAUCCCAACAACUGCACCGUGGUGUAUGUGUCUGUUUGUAAUGGUGUUACGGAUGGGCCGUUCGAUUUUACCUCAUGGACGUCUGAGACAUCGAAGACGUCCACGACCACAACAGAACCAAGCACGAGGAAACCGGGGAGUCCUCUUACGCCGGAGGACCUGCUCAAAGUGGACGAGCACACUAAGGAGCGCCUGCGGAAGCUGUGCUGGGAGACAAUGUUUGGUCAGGAGAUUGUUAAAUUGACAAUCAUGGACCUCGUGAUGACGAUUGCUUCAACUCUCAUCACUGACUUCAUUCGUGCACUGAUUGUGCGAUACGCAAACGAUUGUUGGUGUUGGGAUCUAGAACAGGGCUUUCCUGGAUACGGGGAUUUUAAAAUUGCCGAGAAUAUUCUUCAUUUGGUGAACAAUCAAGGCAUGGUUUGGAUGGGCAUGUUCUUCUCGCCUGGCUUGCCUGCCAUUAACACGGUGAAACUGUGUAUCAUGAUGUACGUGCGAAGCUGGGCCGUUCUCACGUGCAACAUCCCGCACGAGACAGUCUUCAAGGCAUCCGGUUCCAACAACUUCUACUUUAUGCUGCUGCUCAUCAUGCUCUUUGUGUGCACUCUUCCAGUAGGCUAUGCGAUGGUUUGGUUAGAACCUUCAUGGCACUGUGGACCUUUCAGCGGAUACUUUCGCGCCUACAGGGUCUUCACAACUUAUUUGGAUAACACCCUUCCAACGUGGAUGAACCAGAUUAUUGAAUACCUCACAUCUCCCGGCGUCGUAAUUCCGCUCAUAUUGCUACUCAUACUGAUAAUCUACUAUCUGGUGGCACUCACGGGUUCGCUCAGAGAAUCAAACAACGACCUCAAACUGCAGCUUCGAAGGGUGAGACAAAUCUCGAAUAUCAAUGACCCGAAACUUGCGCUUCUCUUUUCAAGAUAUGUUUCUUUGUUUCCCAUGAACUCUGGCGCAGUAAUCAUUUUUAUAUUUGACGUAACUUUCUGCCUUUACGAGGACGCAUUCAUUGUCGACGGAAGUCAUAACACGGACUGGCUUACGACACACGGUAUGAGAAUCUUCUGA